AGUGUCCAAACAUCAACAUUUGAAGUUUGAGCAGCGAGUUGACAUCAUUACUUCUCUCAGUUUGCUUUCAAUAUUUGUCUUCUCUUGUAGCGAAGACGCUUGGCGUUCAUUUCGUUAUGGGCUCAAAAGUGUUAUCUUGUGCCAAGGAGUUUUUCAGGAUUCUUCGAAUUCUACAAGAUGAAAAAGGUGGUGAUUCGUGUACAUAUGAGGAGGAAAUCCAGAUAUUAAAGAUGAACGGGAGCAAACUUGAUGCAGUUAACAUGUAUUGUGGUAACCAGACAGUCUUUGUCUGUCAAAAACUUGUUCCAAAAACAAGUGAACCAGAGGAUCAGCAAACGACUGAGACAUCGAAAUGUGUGGGUGAUGAUGCUGAUGCUGAUGAUGAUGAUGGGCCUGGUGAUGGUGCUGUUGAUGGUGCUGAUGUUUUGGAAAUGGAAGUGGGACCACAGCCUCUCACAGUCAUGAAAGCAAGACAGUUGCUUUCUUGGUACACAUUAUCUCAAAACACAGGUGUGUCAGCUAUGGAGACAACUCUUGCCUUGUACCCUUUGUGGGUGCGUUGUGACAUGUCAGACCCUGCUGGAACAACUUGGUUUGGGGCCGAACCAAUUUGCUUGGGCAACAAAGUAACCAGUAUCAAAUUGUAUUCUGUCACCUGCAAAGGUUCAACUACGGAUACAAAAUCUCUCAUGAGCUUAAAGGAGCUUAAACAAGAGCAUAAGAAAAGGCAUCACCCAUCCACAAUGGGGAUUAAAGGCAGCGCUAGGUUCAGCUUGUUUGGGUCCACUGUUGUUGAACACACCACCAUCGAGUCUCUGAGCAAUGUGACUGUGGAUUUCAAGUGGAGUCAUGUGGAGAGUAUUCUUGAAACUCCACCUCUGUCCUCUUCAGCAACACUAAACAUCAAAGUAGGCUGUGGAGACAUGAGAAGUCCAAUGUUUGAGAUGUACAGGGAGCUAGAGUUUCUUCAGGCUCUUGCUGAUGGUUUGAGAACAGGGGAAACCGAAUGGAUGGAGCCUUUGGAAAGCACAUCUGCUGUAAAACUGACCAAGGUUUACCUUGAAGAGCUUCAGAAUACUGCAAAAACACUGCAGGAUCAGGCUACAAAAGCAACAGAGAACACAAAGCUGAAGCCUGAGACAGACACUCCCAUUUUUAGCUCUUUCUUUGAAAGAGGUGAUUUGGAUUUUGUGGAGCAGCUGUGGGUCCGGAUGAGAAGAAGUGUGACGUCAUACCAGGACAUUGGAGACUGUCUGAAGAUGGUCAUUGAAGGUCUAAGAUAUGGUGACAUCAAGCCCUGGAUUCACAGAGACAGCAACAGCUCCCUCAGCAAGCUCAUUCUGCAGUGCUACCACCAGCAGAUCGAUCACGUGUCUCUUACGGGCGUGACCCCUGUCAACAUGCUUCUGGAGAUGGGUCUGGACAAGAUGAGAAAAGACUAUAUUAACUACCUUAUUGGUGAACAAUUGACAACUCUAAACCACUUGUGUUAUUACUUGAGCACGGAGGUUGAUCUGCAGGAGCAAGUGAUCCGACUCAGAAAACUGCACCAUCUGCUGGAAAUAAUCGUCACCUGCAGUACAUUCCUGGGUUUGCCCUACGACCGACUGUUUCUUCUAACACAAUCAUGUUUACUGCACUAUAAAACAUCUCCAUAUGAUGAGGAACAUGAAUUUAAACUCCAAAUCAAACCUGCUCUGAUCAGCCAUUUCUAUCAGAAAGAGCAUCCAGUAUUGUGGAGUGUGGAUGUGUCCAGUGGGAAUGGUCCUCGUGAGGUGCGGACAUCCUUACAGCUCAGUGACAGACCACUGGUUGAUCACGUCAUCUUUGAAACAGAUUAUCCUAACGAGACCGUUAACGGAGACGGUGAAGAGCCUGCUUUCUUUUCCACCUUGGGCUGCAGCAGCCUCGUCAGCUUCGCUUCAGUUUAGGGAUCGCACCACUACACGAAGGAGGUGCUUUCAUAUUUGACUUUCUCAUCGGCCAUCAAAGACACGGCUGAACAUGCUUCAAAAACUUGCUUUGACAAACAUGUUUUUCUAUCGAUAUAUUUUUGUUUAUUGUCUUUAGUGAACAAAUAUGAGUCUCUGUACAUUUGUGUGUAUUUCCUGUCCUUUAUUAACACAUUAGAUACUCUGCCAAACAACUCUUUCAUCCAGAUAAAAAUAAAGUCCAGCAGCAUUCUAAUAAGAAAAUUGAGCAUUGCAAUUGUAUUCACACUGUCAGUUUGUGUCAAAAUUUAAAGUAUGCAGUUAAUGUCUGUUUUUUUAAGUAAAUACUGUAUGCACAACAAAUCCAUGUUAUUGAUAAACUUUAAGUUGUGUUCAAAACAAUGCAUUUUUGUCCACACAUAAGCUAU